CUGCUGUUUGAAAUGUGAUUUGAAGGCCGAGGACAGAGGAUGAUACUGUCCUGAGAUCAGCAGUCAGCUGAGUGUCUGAUCUGAGUGUGAGUGUGCGGAUCACAGAGGAACACAAACAAACAAACAAACAAACAAACAAACAAACAGGAUGAACGACUUCCUGGUGUCGAGCAGCGCUGCAGUGAAGACCAGUUUCCAUGGCUACCAGAGAGUCCACGUCGUCCUGGGCAGUGAGUCAUGUGACCUGGACUCUGCGGUGUCGACGCUGGCGAUGGCCUACUUCCUGUCCCGGACGUCGUCGGGUCUUCAGGGAGGUUCUCCGGUUCUCCCGGUUCUGAACAUUCCCCGGUCCGACUUCCACCUGCGAGCCGACGUCCUCCUGCUGCUGAGGGAGGCCGGUGUCGCCAUGGAGACCCUGGUGUUCAGAGACGAGGUGGACCUGGCCCGUCUCCAUGGUGACAGGAGGCUGGUGCUGACGCUGGUGGACCACAAUGUCCUGCAUGAACCGCCUGCUGAUCUUAUGACUCAUUUCCUGUUCUUCAGUACCGACAGUGACCUGGAGGGGGCGGUAGUAGAGGUCAUCGACCACCAUCAGCUCCAGAGGGCCGCCUCCUUCGCAUGUCCUGUUACCAUAGAGACGGUGGCGUCUUGUGCUACCUUGGUAACAGAGCGGAUUCUGUCCAGAGCGCCCGAGAUCCUGGACAGACAACUAGCUCUGCUGCUGUAUGGUGCGAUGGUGGUGGACAGUGUAAAUCUGUCUCCUCAGGUCGGUAAAGGGACGGUCAAAGACAGCCAGAUGGUCCGACUGCUGCAGACACUGUUUCCUGAUCUGCCACACGGAGGCGCUCUAUACAGCUCGCUGCACUCAGCAAAGUUUGACCUGUCAGGUCUGUCCACAGAUCAGAUCCUCCUGAAGGACAUGAAGGUGGUUGCCGGGGGCGAUGUGAGAGUAUCUGUCAGCAGCGUCUUCAUGAGUCUGGAUUCGUUUCUGUGCAGGAAGAAUCUGCAGCAGGAUCUCCGCCUCUUCUGCCUCUCACGCCGGCUGGAUGCUGCGGUCGCCAUGACGAUAUCCUUCAACGCCCAAUCAGACGAGCCCGUCAGGCAGCUGGCGCUCUACAGCUCCAGCUCGCCGUACAGGCAGCAGAUUAGCCACGCCCUUCUGAACGCCCAUGGCCCCGCCCCCUGUCUCUCACCUCUCAGCAGCCCAUAUAAGGACAUCCUGGCCUAUCACCAGGGCAACGCUUUGGCCUCUCGCAGGAAACUCCUUCCUGUCCUCGCACGCUUCCUGUCCGACUGGUGGCACAGAGAGGUGCAUUGUGGGGCCGAUGGCGAGGAGGAGUUAGAGGACCAGCUCGACCAGCCAGACAUGAUGACCUCUGACCUCGCUGAAGAGCACCCACCUCACGUUUACUCCGCCUCUCGUCACCACCGGCGGCGGCUGGGUGCAGAGGAUUAUGGGAGUGUGGAGGAGGAUUACUGCGGCGGGAUGAUGCCGCCGGCGCCGGUGAACAGUCUGGUGGACGGUUGCCCGCUGGACGGCGGCUUCAACCAGGAGGCUCUACUGGAGAAAUUCAGCAGGAUGGGAGGGGUGGAGGAGCGGGGGAGUGGGCAGUAGAGAGGAAGAGGAGGAGGAG